AUGGCAUCAAAAAAAGUAAAAACACCUCAGCCGGAAACGGCAGUAAUUUCGGGUCCUCAAGCAAAUGAAGGAGAACUAGUUUUUGGGGUUGCUCAUAUUUUUGCUUCAUUUAAUGAUACAUUUAUACAUGUGACAGAUUUAAGUGGCAGGGAAACCUUAGUAAGAAUAACAGGUGGAAUGAAAGUCAAAGCGGAUAGAGAUGAGUCAAGUCCAUACGCUGCUAUGAUGGCAGCACAGGAUGUGGCUGCGCGAUUAAAAGAACUAGGUGUUUCAGCUAUUCACAUAAAAUUAAGAGCGUCAGGUGGUACCAAAUCAAAGACACCCGGUCCAGGGGCACAGUCAGCGUUAAGAGCCUUGGCCCGUUCAGGAUUAAAAAUUGGGAGGAUAGAAGACGUUACACCAAUACCAACUGAUUCGACGAGAAAAAAGUCAGGAAGAAGAGGAAGACGUUUAUAA